AUGGCGGAUGAACGCGAACACAACGCAGACCAAAGACAAACAAAAUAUCAUGCAAAAUCUCAAAAGGCUAUUCAAAUAACAAACUCUAUAGCUACUUUUAUUGCAAAAGAUCUCAGGCCAUAUGGUAUCGUUGGGUCACAGGAGUUCAGGGCAUUGAUAAAAACAUUGGAUCCACGGUAUACAGUUCCAAGCAGGAAGCAUUUUUCUGAUCAGAUAAUACCUACCAUGUACAACAGAGUGACGAAUCAUGUAAAGAGGUCCCUUAUGCAAGCAGAGCAGACAAGGACUAUGCCCGAGAACCAUACAGGUGAAAACAUUGCACAAGGAUUGAAAGCAACAAUGGAAGAAUUGACUUUUAAUCCGAAAUCACCAGUAUACAUAGUUAGUGACAACGCAGCAAACAUGCUCAAAGCAGGAGAAUUGCUCGGUUGUGAUCUUCAUUUAGGGUGCUAUGCACAUACAUUGAAUAUUGCUGCGCAGAAAGCUUUAAAAGUCAAAACUGUCAGUAAUAUGCUAGCUAAAGUACGUCGGAUUGUGGCAUUUUUUCACAGGUCAGCUGUUGCAGCAAAUGCAUUUAAAUUACAAGCUGAUCUCUUAGGAAUUCCAAAUAAAAAAUUAAAAAUAGAUGUAGUUACAAGGUGGAAUAGUGCCUAUGAAAUGAUAGAAAGAUAUUUGAAGGUUCAAGUUGCUGUAGUUGGAGCUUUACUUUCAAAGGAUGUGAAGAAUAAAGACAAAGAUCUCAAGUUUUUGCAAGAUGAGGAGCUUCAAGUUGCAGAGGAUUAUGUGAAAUGCCUGAAACCUUUGAAGUCAAUAACCACAACUCUCUGUACCGAGAAAAAUGCAUCGAUAUCUAUUAUUCUUCCUCUUCACAGAAGAUUGUGUGAUCAGUUGUUAGAGUCAUCAGAAGAAAAUUCACAUGAUGUAAGGGAACUUAAGGCCACAAUAUUACAUGAUUUAAAACACAAAUAUCAAAAGUCUUACAACUUUCUACUGCAGUGCACCUUUAUGGAUCCACGAUUCAAAACUCUUCCAUUCUUGGAUGAGGUAGAAAAAUCCAAUGUUCAUCAUGCCAUCAUCACAGAUCUGUAUGAUCCUGAAUCUGAGGCUACCCUUGAGCCCCCAGUAAAGAAGGUGAAGAAAGAAAAGUUAGAAAAUCCUGAGAAGAAUGAUAAUCUUGAUGACUUGUUAGGAGAUGUCUUUGUCACCAAAGUUGAAAAACCAAGACCAAUACUCCAGAGAAUUGAAGAUGAAGUCCAUAGGUAUACAGAUCUGGAACCAAUUCCAUUGAUGUUGGAUCCACUUCUUUGGUGGAAGUCUCACGAAUCAAUCCUACCAUUAUUUUCCAGGAAAGCUCGUCAGCUUUUAUGCAUUCCUGCAACUAGCGUUCCCUCAAAGAGAGUAUUCAGCACAACUGGAGACAUUUUAUCUGCCCAACGAUCUACCUUAAAGUCUAAGCAUGUUGACUAUCUCAUUUUUUUGAAAAAGAACAUGAAAGUGUAAAUGAUAUUUUUACAUGAAACUUUGUAAAACUUGU